AUGUCCAAAAGAACACUCGACGCAUAUCUCAAACCCGCCAGAGCUUCUACAACAGACUCCUCCUCAUCCAAAAAGCUCAAAGAGGUGGCGCCAUCUCUAGAGGACACAAAGCCAGACACAGAAACUUCAAAUACGACUCCAGACACACAUCCAUCCUACCCCUUCCCCAUCACUGCACUCCCAUCCCACAUCUCCACAGCCCUAAAAACGACAGCACCCGCUCGAGCAGCCAAAGAAAUCAACAACCGACCUCAUCUAGACCUGCUCUACUACGAGCCCUUCAUCCCGCGGCCCACGGCCAAUGAAUACUUCAAUUUUCUCCGCCGAGAACUCCCCUUCUACCGCGUGAAAUACACCAUAAAGCGCGGCCCAACGGAGACACUUAUUAACACGCCACGCUACACAACCGUCUACGGCGUCGACGGCACAUCCUACUUCUCCCAAGUCCCUGGAGUAGAAGACGGUUCCAAAACCCUUGUUGAUAGCAAAACGCACAAACCAGUCCCCACAACAAAAUACAAAUGCACCCCUCGGCCCAUCCCAUCAUGUCUAGACGCGUUCCGGCAACACGUCGAGUCAACUCUAAACGACGGCACAAGCUACAAUUUCGUGCUGGUGAAUUACUACGCUUCGGGCGACGAUAGUAUAUCAUAUCAUUCUGACGAUGAGCGUUUUUUGGGCUCAAUGCCGAAUAUCGCUAGUCUCACUCUUGGGGCAAGAAGGGAUUUUUUGAUGAAACAUAAACCUGUCGCUGGUGACACUACUACUUCUGGUAGUGGGAGCAGCAGUGGCAAGCAAGAUAAACCGCUCAAAUUGCCGCUCGGAUCGGGUGACAUGGUCAUCAUGAGAGGCGAGACGCAGUCGAACUGGUUGCACUCGAUACCGAAACGGAAGGGAGGGGAGUCCGGGAGUGGGAGGAUUAAUAUUACGUUACGAAAAGCGGUUGUGCCGGGAGGGACGGAGAAUUAUUAUAAGUAUAAUGUUGGCGAGGGGGGACUGUAUCGCUGGGAUGAAAGGGGGAAGGAGAUGGUUUUGGUUAAUGUUGCGUGA